AUCACUUCUGGGGAUGCCAUUAAUUUGAGAUGUGAGAGCUAUGACCAGAAUUUGAGUGACAAUCUAGCAAAGUAAAAAAAGAAGAACCCCAGUUCCAGUCAUUUUCUAAGAACAGAAGAAAAUGACCAAGGUCCAGGAAUCAUUAUUAUUUGAAGAUGUAGCUGUGGAGUUCACCCGGGAGGAGUGGAGGCUACUAGACCCUGCUCAGAAGGACCUGUACCAGGAUGUGAUGCUGGAAAACUAUAGCAACCUGCUGUCCGUCGGGUAUCAAAGUCCCAAACCAAUUCAAAUCUUCAAGUUGAAGCAAAGAAACAAACCAUGGUUAGAAAAGGAAAAUAUCCAUGGUCAGAACUUUCCAGAAGUUGGAGAAAUUGGUGAUCAUAUGCAGUGGUCUUUGGAAAUCCAAAACAAGCGUAAAAAUAUGGAAAGAGGCCGUGAACACAGUUCAUCGGGAAAUGUGUUUCAUCUGCGCAGAAAUCUUGUUACUUUAAGGCAAAGCCAUGAUAAGUUUGAUGUACUGAACUCUAAUUUAGAUUUAGUUAACCAGAAUAAAAGCUGUGUAGCGAAGAAUCCUGACAAGUUUAAUAAAUAUGAGAAAUCGUUUCUUCGUACUAAGCAUGAAAAACGUUACACUGGAGUUAAAUGCAAUAAAUAUGGAAACACCAUCUUCACCAAUUCGAAACUCAGUAUACAUCAAACUGAAAAACGAAAGAAACAUGAGUGUAUUGAAUGUGGUAAAACCUUCAUCAAAAAGUCUCAACUCACUGUACAUCAGAGAACUCAUACAGGAGAGAAACCAUAUAAAUGCCUUAAAUGUGGUAAAGCCUUCUGUAGGAAAGCAGAGCUCAAUAUACAUAUGCAAGUGGAAAGAGGAAUAAAACCCCAUGCAUGUAGUGAGUGUGGGAAAACUUUCUCCAGGAAAUCUCAGCUCCUUGUACAUCAGAAAACUCAUACAGGAGAGAAACCCUAUACAUGCAGUGAAUGUGGAAGAGGCUUCAUCCAGAAGGGUAAUUUUCUUAUACAUCAGCGAAUUCAUACUGGAGAGAAGCCCUAUGGAUGCAAGGAAUGUGGUAAAGCCUUCAGUCAUAAGCCAUGUCUCGUUGCACAUCAGGUAUUUCACACUGGAAAUCCUCCCUAUGUGUGCAGUGAAUGUGGAAGAGCUUACUUUCAAAAGUCGAGUCUCAUUAGACAUCAAAGAGGUCAUACAGAAGAGAAACGCUAUAAAUGCAACGUAUGUGGGAAAGGCUACUCCACGAAGUCAAUACUGAGUAGACAUCAGAGAGUUCAUACAGGAGAGAAACCCCAUGGAUGUAGCAAUUGUGGGAAAGCCUUCUGCCACAAGUCCUCCCUCACUAAACAUAAGAAAACUCAUAUGAAAGAGAAAUGUGUGGAUUCAGUCAAGGUGGAAAAUGAUUUUCUUGGGAAUCACAGCUCAUUAUGUACCACAGAACCCGUACAGGAGAAAAACUCUGUUGAAACAAUGACAGUGCAAGGGCCUUCUGUGGCCGUGCAGACAUCAUUAAAUAUCAGUGGGUUCCUAGCCCAAGGGAAUGUAGUCCUUGUCGGACAGCCUGUUGCCAGAUGUGUACCCUCAGGAAAUAACAGAGAAUUUGUACAGGAGAGAAACCUCAUGAAUGCAGUAAAUGUGGUAGUGCCUUCAGUUACCAAUUAUGUCUUAUUUUAUGUCACAGGAAACGUGUAGGGAAGAUUUGGUACGUUCAGUGUGGAAAAGCCUUUAGAUCAAAGUUUUAGCUUUUUAUAUAGUUGAAAACUUUCACUGAGAGAAUGCUAAUGAAUGUAGUGAUAAUGGGAAGAUAUACCUCAUUAAGUAUCAGUGGCUCUAAGUAGGUUGAAUUGUAACGAGCUUGACUUCAAAAUCAUCAAUAAACUCACAUCAGAAAGAAAUUUUAGGAAGGCAGUUGUAUCAAGUCCCUAAGACCACCCUCACAUUUGAUUAUUCUCUAAAAGCAGUCACUAAACUCAUAAAAGCUGCUAUACUUACUGUUACAGUUUAUGACAGGGAAGAGUUACAAAUUAAAAUUAGCGAAUGUAAAAGGUGCAUGAGGCAGACUUUAGGAGAAACCAGGUGCAUCCAGUUGUCCUCCCAGUGGAGUUGUAUGGACAGUGCUUAAUUCUCCAGCAAUGACCUGACAACACAUAUGGCGUAUUGCCAACCAGAGAAACUCACCUGAGCCUUAGUGCCGGGGGGUGAGAGGGGCAGUAAGGGGGUUAGUUAUGGAGGCAUGGAGAAACCACAUAACUGACCUUAACUUCUCAAACUCCAGCCUCCUAAGGAUCAAACUGAUACAGAAUGGCCCAGAGCCCCAGGCAAACAAAAGCAGGUGUUCACCAAAAAUCAUAUUGCUAAUGUAAGCUAUAUGGCAUGGCCGAAACCCCAGGUAUACAAAGAUGCUCUUGGCAGGCAGCAUAUUCCAAGGGCUUAGAGGUUCCUUCUCAGGUGCCAGUCAAGGGUCAUUCCUUUCAUUGGAACGUGCAGGGUCUGAACACCCCAAACUUGCCUAGUCAGCCCCUAAUUUGCACAGCAGUGAAUAGGACAAGGUUUUCAGUAACAUGGUUCCUCAUCAUGUGUCAGAAAUAAGGAAUGUCUAUGGAUACACCAAAUGUGUUGAACCUUUAGCAGAAUGGCAGAGAUCUCACAAAGGAGAUAAGCUCGUGAUUGCAAUGGAAAUUUGGAAACUUGUUUAUGUAAGUCUACCCUCAUUUUCCAUCAGAUUAACACCCUUAAUGUGUAUUUUGAUAGAGAAUGUCUUGAACUCUUUCUCAUUGCUAGGGAACGACUCCAUAACUCAUUUGAAGAUGGUUUAUAGUCCGUGUCACGUUGUACCUAUUAUAUCUAAAUCUUCUGUCAUCUCUGCCGUAUUCUUUUAGAAGCAAGUUCCUAGGCCAGCCCACACUCAAGGGGAGAGUUGAGAAUCUUUGAGGGCCUUCUUAGAGCCAGCCUACCAGAAUAAUGAUUUUCAGGGAAAAAGACAUUCUUUGCCGAAAGUUGCCAUGGUUUCCUGCUUAAACAGUACUUGAACAGAAGCUGGUGCUCGCCACCCCACCCCCUCAACCUGGCCAUGCAGAGCCAGCCUUCUGCCACCUCCUCACAGCACCCUUGGACCACUCCCAAGGCGAGUGGGAGUGGAGUGACUGCUGUGACUACCAUGUCCCCCUCACAGGUGCCCCACCACCACCACCAGGACUUGGAGGCCACAAAUAACUGCCAGAUCCACCUGGAGCCUCUGACGUUUACCUGUCCGUGUCUCACUACUUUGAUGGCCAUGAUGUGGCUUUGGAGAACUUUGCCAGUUGUUCUCUUCACCAGUCUCGUGAGGGGAGGGGACAUGCUGAGAAGCUGAUGAAGAUGCAGAACCUGCCAGGUGGCCGAAUCUUUGGUGUAUGCUGAAACCAGAACAGGAUGACUCGGAGAGUGGGCUCAAGGCAAGGCAUGUGUGUUCCACUCAGAAGAGGGCAUGAAUCAGUCACUACUGGAACUGCACAAAUUGCCUACUGCGAAAAAUGACCCCUACUUGUGUGACAACCUGAAUGAGCAGGUGAAAUACAUCAAAGAAUUGGGUGACCACAUAACCCACUUGUGUGUGAUGAGGGCCCCCGAAUCUGGCAUGGCAGAGUGUCUCUGACAGGCUCACCCUGAUGAAGAGAGCUAAGCAUCAGGCUGGCUUCCCGGUGGCCGUGGGGGUGACUUCCCUGGUUACCAUGACAAUGCAUCCAUUUUGGGUUUUCCUUUACCUUUUCCAUAAGUUGUACUAAAGCAUCCACUUAAGUUUUUUUCAUUUGUACUAUUCCUUCAAAUUUGGUACCCAGAUAAAAAAAAAUGACAGACACGUAAACACCCCAGGUUAUACUAGGAUUCCAGUGCCAUUGAGAAUACCCAGUCUCAUGGUAAGAGGGGCCUUGGUUGAUAAGAAAAUCUCACAAAUGUCACCCUGUUUUUUACGUGGGAGUGAUUUAGCUAGAAGUCACUGCUCCUCGGUCAUUCACUUGAAACUUUGUGCUGGCUUGAACAGGACAGAUGACUGACUGGUGCAAGGAAUUAGGAGCCUGGAGGAAGGACACCCCCCCCCCCCCGCCCCGGUCCCCUGCUCCCCCGCCAUGGAACUCUUCCUCCAGUCUCUGAGGAGAGCGCACGGCUGGCUGACGCUAGAAUGCCUGAGGACGUGGGAUGAAGAUGAUUCUAAGACUCUGGACGAAAACUGAAAACAGCAACCAACUGUUUCCUCUGCAGCAAGAAGAGAAAGCAAACAGAAAAAAGCGAGUCCCAUCUCCAUUUUCCUUCUGCCUACCCAUUCUCUCUAGUGGCCCAUGUUGGCAGAACUUAACGUGAAGCUGGCAAAAGAGAAUCUGGUUUGCGCUAUCACAAAGCAGGCGGUGGAAGAGUAGGUUGAGAGGUGAGAGACAAUAGCUAAAUAAUCAGGCGAGCAACCUACUUCAAUUGAGAUUAGCUGUGGUGCAUGCCCCUGGGCCCUGCAAUUUACAAAUCUUACAGUCCACUUAUAGACAAGUGCGGAUUGAAAAUAUAUUUGUGAAUAAAAUGAUACUUAUUUAAA